GGAAAUCACAUUUUUUGAGUAAAAGAAAGAAACAACAAUGGCUGCGACCAAAGAUGGUUCUUUUUAUCAUGUGCCGAAAACUUUUGGCGAAAAACCAAAAUCAUUUACAAUCGAAGAAAAUGGAGAAGCAUAUUACAUCGGAUCAGAGGUUGGUAACUAUUUACGAUUGUUUCGUGGGUCACUCUAUAAGAAAUAUCCCUCUAUGUGGAGAAGACUGGUCACAGUGGAUGAACGAAAGAAAAUUGCUAAUAUAGUUUUUGCAGGUUUCGGUCAGCACUCCUUGGCUACAAACAUCACACUGCUCAAAGCGGCCGAGGUUGACGAGAUAUUUGAGGGAAACGACGAUAAAUACAAAGCUGUUUCUUUAGGCAGUGAUAUAUCCUUUCCGAGAGAAACUAAGCAGAAGAGAAGCACCUGGGUUCCAACAGUACCGAGCAGCUCUCACCAUUUAGAUGCUGUUCCGUGUUCAACUCCUAUAAACAGAAACCGACUCAGCAAGAACAAAGUCAGAACAUUCCCUCUGUGUUUUGAUGAUACUAACCCAGCCCAGAUCCAUGAAAAUGCAGCUCAGUCUGAAUGUCUAGUUCCUAUUAGACUCGACAUGGAGUUUGAUGGGCAGAAGUUACGAGAUUGUUUUACAUGGAACAAAAAUGAAACGUUGAUUACCCCUGAGCAGUUUGCUGAAGUGUUGUGUGAUGAUUUGGAUCUGAACCCACUCAACUUUGUGUCGGCAAUCUCACAGGCAAUCCGACAGCAGAUAGAGGCAUACCCGUCAGACGUAACCCCCGAAUCACUGGACCAGAGAAUUAUUUUAAAAUUAAAUAUUCAUGUGGGUAAUAUUUCAUUAGUGGAUCAAUUUGAAUGGGACAUGUCAGAUUCAGAAAACAGUCCUGAGCAGUUUUCAACCAAGCUUUGUGCUGAAUUGGGACUAGGUGGUGAAUUUGUCACAGCAAUAGCUUACAGCAUUCGAGGACAACUGAGCUGGCAUCAACGCACGUACGCUUUCAGUGAAGCUCCUUUGCCAAUUGUUGAGAUUGCAAUCCGGAACCAGAAUGAGGCUGACCAAUGGUGUCCAUUCCUUGAGACUCUGACGGAUGCCGAGAUGGAGAAAAAGAUACGAGAUCAGGAUAGAAACACAAGACGAAUGAGACGAUUGGCUAAUACUACCCCAUCAUGGUGAGCGAGAAACCAAUUGGAUUAGUUGUUGCAGUGUCACUCAAGGCCUUUGAACACAAUGACAAUAAAUCGGCUAAAACAGUAGCCUGAAAAUGGCUUGUCUUGUGAACACUGUGCCAUACACUGUUCCUGAAACAGUUUGUUGUUGUCUAGUACUGAAUGUUGUCAAGUAGAGGAAAGCAGUGGAUUUAUGAGAUGAAUCUCCCCAUCACAUCAGGGCUUUCUGUGCUAUUCUUGAUAACAUACAAUGUUCCCACUGCCAAGUUGCUAUUCUUUAGAACAUAAAUGGUGGCGUGUUAUUACUUUCAUCAGUAAGAUGGCACAACUUUGUUUUAUGUCAGUCGAAACACCCAUGAAAAUUGAAUACGCUUAAUCUGUGAAUUGUUUAUUCUAAAUGCAUUACAUUAAGGAAUGAUUUUUCUAUUUUUCAGUGUACCUCAACUUCACGCAAAAAGGCAUAAGAUUUCUUGAUGCCUAGAAAUACCCAAGAGAACAUUUUACAGAUCCCAAAUGUAUAAUUGUAAUAUGUGUGCAUGACAAACAGAAAAAGCUUAAUUCAUAGAUAUUUGAACGGGUAUUUAAGUGCUUGGAACAGUACCAACACAUCCAAGCUUUUCCAGAUGUUGGUAAGCUUCUACAGUAGCUGGAAUACUUGGAAACUUGGUAACUGUAUUAAGACUUAUUCCAAUGACCUAUAUCAAAAUUGGUUUACAAAGUGCUCGAACAUUCUCGACAUAUUCAAGUUGCCAGAGUGUUGAACUAGCUGUACAAACCUAUAAUAAAUAGAAACUUGAUAAUAGGAACCAUAAAGUGGACUUUUAUACCAUUGACCUAUGUGGAAAUUAAUUAGGUCAUUUCAUUUGUCAAAUUUUAGUUCUGAAUGGGACAGUCUGGUCAAAUGAAUAAAGCACCCAUCCAUGUCACAUGGUUUUUUAGAUCAGAUCUUUUUGUGUUAAUUUAUGCAUAUUUUGGCAUAUUAACACACCUGGUCUGUGUUCAGUCAAUGCAAGUAUUCCAUGGCAUUAUAAAAUGCUCAUUUCGGGCCUGUUUUCAAUUUAAAGUGAAUGUGGCAGGGCAGGAACCAGUCAAAUCAUCGGCGAGUGCUUGUGACAAAACCUGUGUGCUGAAUGCAGUCUUGGCUAUACUGAUCAUCUUAUCAGGCGUGAUUGGUUAAGAGAGUCGCUACUAAGUAGUGAUAUCUAUUUUUGGGAUGUGAAAGACAAACAUUAAUAUAACCUGCUAAAUCAAAACAGCUGCUUGGGUCAUAUUUCAUCAUUUUUUAAAAAUAUAUUACAUUUUUCACAAUGAAUGUAUGGAGUGUGCAUGGGAAAGGUUUUAUUGGUUGACCUUAGGCUUUAUUGUAGCAAGGAAAUAAAAACGAAAUAAAGCAUUACUCAACAAGGAAAA